GUGCACAUGGAAUAGGCUACGCAUGGAUUAUACGUGUAGGACUAAAUGACGUAAUAGAGCUCUUUACUUAUUUCGUAUUCUCCGAGCCCAUUCCCUGACCGAUGCCUUGUUCUGCAGCAAGCGUUGUUACGCACUUUGUUACGUGACCACAUAGCUCUGAAUACAGUAGGGCUGUUGUGUCCCUUACAACGCAAAGAUGGCAAACAGCGGUGCCCAUGCACCGUCCCAGCGGCUCAUGAUCCGUGAGAUGAUACUGGAAAACUUCAAGUCAUAUGCGGGAGAGCAGCGCGUCGGGCCUUUCCAUAAGUCCUUCUCUGCUGUCGUGGGACCAAAUGGCAGCGGCAAGUCGAACGUUAUCGACGCCAUGCUCUUCGUGUUUGGUCGGAGGGCGAAACAGCUUCGCUUCAACAAGGUGUCGGAGCUCAUUCACAACUCACAGAACCACCGCAACCUCGACUAUGCGCGUGUGACCGUGCGCUUUCAAGAGAUUAUCGAUCAG